AUGGGCAAAGAAACGGUCAUUGGUAUAGUAGGCAAACCGUCGAGUGGCAAAUCAACAACACUUAAUGCGUUGACGGACGCUAACGCCAAAGUCGGUGCUUUUCCCUUUACAACCAUCGAUCCCAAUAAAGCCACAGGCUACUUGGAGGUGGAAUGUGCCUGUCUGAGGUUUGGAAAAACAGCCGAUUGCAAACCUAACUACGGCUACUGCAGAGAUGGCAAGAGAGGCGUGCCUGUGAUGCUUCUUGAUGUCGCUGGGUUGGUUCCAAACGCUCACUUGGGAAGGGGCCUUGGAAACAAGUUUCUCAGUGAUUUGACCGAGGCAGACUGUCUUCUUCACAUUGUUGAUGUUAGCGGAACCACCGAUGCUGAGGGUAAAGAGACAAGAGGUUACGAUCCGCUUAAGGAUAUUGAAUGGCUUCAGGACGAGAUUUUCCGCUGGAUCUUGGGUAACUUGACGGAGAAAUGGGGUUCUGUGGUCAGACGCCAUAUUGCAACGAAAUCAACGGCGCUAGAGACAUUGAGACAGCAGCUUGGAGGCUACUACGCCAAUAAGCAGUUAAUCGGCAAAGCUUUGGACUCCAUUCCUGGAUUGCCUCCAUUACAAGAUUGGGAUAACGAAAUGGUGGAAAGAGUCGUCAAGGCGUUCAUGUCGGUAAAAUUCCCCACCGUGCUUGCAUUAAACAAAAUGGACCAUCCCGACGCGGACAAGAAUGUUUCCAAAAUUAUGCUCAAGCACCCUGAGCUGAAGUGUGUCUUGACCUCGUCUCUUACCGAGGUGCUUCUAAGAAAGUUGGCUGCACAAAAUUUCAUCAAAUACGACCAGGGCACGGAAUUCGUCGACACGGCCGAGGACUUGCCAGACGCUGGACUCCGUGAGCUCGACGAAAAACUCCAAAACAGAAUAGAGAACAUCCGAGACUUGGUGCUCUACCGGUUUGGGUCCACUGGAGUGGUGCAACUUCUUCAAGCAGCAGCAGACGUUUUGGACCUCGUGCCCGUUUUUCCCGUCAGAAACAUCAAUUCCUUCACAGGCACGUCCGGCUCUGCCGUUUUUAGAGACUGUGUUUUGGUGAAGCGUGGGCUGUCGGUCAUAUCGGUCGCAAGACGUAUAAUGGGCGAUGUGACUAUUGCAGCCAUAGAAGGUGUAGGAGGCACCAGAGUGGGAGAGGAGGAUACCGUGGAUGUCGGCAAGAAUGACAUUCUUACAUUCAAGUUGGUGCCCGGAGGACACUAG